AUGACAGUGCAAGCUCAGGAAUACAAUGCUACUCCUUUGUGGCUAGACUGUGAUCCCGCUGCUCAUCAUCCUGGGCUGAAUCUUCUCGGCAUCAGUACUAUCCAUGGAAAUGCUUCCUUGGAGAAGACAACUGCCAACGCAGGCAGUGUUUUGACAGCCAUUGGCAAGCCUGAUGUCCCUGUCUACCCUGGUAGCCAGAAACCAUUCUCUCGACCAGCCUUGCAUGCACCUGAUAUCCACGGUGAAUCGGGGCUCGAUGGGACUGAUCUCCUACCCAAGGCCGCCACACCUCCCAUCACCGAUAAGAACACCAUCCUGGCUAUGAGGGACGCUCUUCUGGCACAGCCAAAAGGUGCUCCCUGGGUUGUUGCUACAGGGACUUUGACUAAUGUGGCCCUGCUGUUUGCGACCUUCCCCGAAGUCGUGGAGCACAUUGCAGGGCUAAGUCUCAUGGGUGGUGCCAUCGGUGAGGGAUUCACCGACGCUCCCAUGAGUCGAAUCCCCGGCGAACAAUCCAGAAUUGGGAAUGUGACCCCAUGGGCCGAAUUCAAUCUCUAUUGCGACCCUGAGUCUUCGGAAUCGAUUUUCAGUAACCCGGUUCUCGCUGCUAAAACAACCAUCAUUGCUUUGGAUCUUACACAUCAGGUCUUGGCUUCGCAGGCAAUUCAAACCCGUAUCUUGCAUGGCUCGAUACACUCAGCCGAAGAGCCAACCGUCCUUCGACAGGUCUUACAUGCCUUGCUGACUUUCUUUGCUGCAACAUAUGAGAAAGCGUUCGGCCUGACUACAGGCCCUCCUCUACAUGAUCCUCUUGCUGUAGCAGUGAUCCUGUCGACUUUGAACCCAGCGUUUGCCACCAAGCACCCUAACCAGGCCCUUGCCUUUGACGAUAAAGAUGGAGAACGAUUCGCCCUGAGUAUUGUCACCGAUGGGAAACACGGUAAGGAUGUCUCUGUCACGGGACAGAUGGGACGAUCAAUCGCUACUCCAGUCGAUGGUCCGGGCGUUGCGAUCCCAAGAGGGGUUGAUCUGGAGGCAUUUUGGAACAUGAUUUUGCAGUGUGUUCAGCUAGCUGACGAUUGCAAUGCGGCACGGCAAACUUGA